ACCAGUUCGGUUUUGUGAAUAUCCGUGUUAUGUGGCGCAUGCGAUCUUGCAAAUUAAAAGUUCUGAUAGACCUUAAUUCUUUAAAGCCGUUUUCCAUUGCUUCAUUAAACUUCUUCUGAUAUAGUACCUGAUUUUUGGGCAAAUUUACCCAAAUUUAAAAGGAAAUAGCCACCAGUUCACAAAUUACAAGUGCAAGAGCCAACAUGACUUCCUCAACUUCCCAGCAGAUCAUCCAAUCUCUGAAAACCUGUCUUUUGGAUCGCGCUCCCGUUACUUUCGGCGUCUGCCCCAUUCCAGCAAAUGAUUUUGGGCUUUUUUACGGCAAAGGCGACACCGCACGGCAGCUGUAUCUGCAUACCGCAUCCGAAGCUGAACUGGAGCUUCUGGCGCGUGCGUGCGUAGCGGCCACCUUUGGGAUUAACCAGCAAGAUGUCUUCGAUGAGACGUACCGCAAAGCGGGCAAAAUGGACGUUGACGCAUUCGCCAGCAAACUCGACCUGGAGCGCUCGGGAAUUUUGACGCGCAUCAAGAAUGAUCUGCUGGAUCGCACCAACUUUGGCAGGCCUGUCGAGUGUGAACUUUACAAGCUCAAUGUCUAUGGCGCCGGUGGCUUUUUCAAAGCGCACAAGGACACUCCACGAGGCGCUAACAUGUUCGGAUCGCUGGUGAUCGUGUUCCCGACGAAGCAUAGCGGUGGAGAAUUGAAGCUGCGUCACGGCGAGAAAGAGUGGAUUUUCGAUUCAGCCAACGAACUGGCGGUGGUUGCGGAGCCGUCGAUCGGGUACAUCGCCUUCUUCAGCGAUGUGGAGCACGAAGUGGCCGUUGUGCAGUCUGGAUAUCGUGUGACGCUGACCUACAACCUGUACUUUGGCGAAACUCCCGCUCCUCCGGAAGCCAUGGUCAACAUUGCCGUCAACCAUGAACUCACCUUCAAGACCGGAUUGGAGCAGUUGUUGGCUGAUCCGACUUUUCUACCGCAAGGCGGAUUGAUUGGCUUCGGUUUGCAACAUAAAUACCCGGUCAAUGCCCAGACCAAGUUGUGCACUUUAAUGGAGCGCCUAAAGGGCAGCGAUGCGCUGGUUAAAAAAGUUUGUGAGCAGUUGUCACUGCCAGUUCAGCCGAAAAUGUUGACAAAGGGAAAGGAUUACUGGGGCGGUGACGACGACGAUAUCGACGAGGAAAUGCCUGGCGAUUCCGAUAAGACCUGCGUUGAAGACAAUGGGAAGGGAGACUCGGAAAAAGAUGCCGACAAGCGUCAUCGAAACAUCUUGGCCGUGUUAACCGACCAUGUGGUUAAUCUUUCGAAGAUGGGUGAGGUGCAGAGUGCGGGUCAUGAAUUGAUGGGUGUCAAAGGUAGCUUGGUUCUUCCUUAUCCAAGUGGCAGAGCUCGUCAACGUUGGAACGCUAAGAAGACGGAGAAGGUCAAGUACUCCGUCGACAUCCAUUGGAUAACCGAAUUGACAGCUUACAACAACGUGAAAACCGAGUUCCUCGCUUAUGGGAACGAUGCCAGUCUUGGCUACCUGUAUGGCACCCUUUGCCUGGUUGCCAAAAUCGGUCCUGUCGGAAAGCGUAUCGAGUAGAAAACAUUCCGGAUCCGGAGAGACUGGAUGAAGCUUCCGUUUUGCAGUUUCUUUGAAAUUGUUUGAAUAGUUUCGUAGCAAUGGUUUGAAUAGUUUUGAAAGGAAAGGUUGCCGAAUUGACUAUGAAGCACUACAUUAGCUUAUAUUUUUUGUACGCCUUUUUUAAUAGCUGCGUACAUAGGUGAACCGCGUGUUUGUCAGUUUGAAGUUGAUUUAUCUGAACGAACUAAUGUUUUCUGUUGGACGGAGUGUUUAAUGACUAUCUGAGUAGUGUUUUGUUUCUCUGGCGCGAAGUUCUGAGUUCUGCUUUGUUGUUCCGCACUUUUAUAUAUAUAACACACUGCAUUUUUAAUUUUAACGUAUCAU